GUUGAGUGGGUCUUCUUUUCCCAGCUGGUCUGGCUCCGGAGGCUGAGGGAUCCUACCGUUGCAGGAUUCUUUAGCACUUUCUUUCUUCUCUUAAUUUUUAAUUUGUCUUUUUCCUUUUCUUUUUUUUUUUUAACAACCUGUCAAUUGAACGGCAGCUUCCCCCAUGUCCGGCGGAGGACAGGGCUUCUUCCAAGCGGCGUCCUGGGGCAGCCUGCCGCGGAGGCUGACCGAGCUGGAGGGGGUCCAUCGGGGGCUCGCCGCGGAUCGCGUCUGCGGGAGCCAAUCUGGAUCUCUGGCAGACAUGUCCCUGUCCGAGUCUGACAGCAGCUGCUUCUGUGGGCCCCUGGAGGAAACCUUGGCUGCAGAAGUCAGAGCAACGAUCACACAGAGUCUCAGCGACGCGGCCCACACGCUGGGCUGCUCCAAACUCAUCUUGCCCGACUGUCUACCACGCAGCAUCGGCCAGGAGCUGCUCCACCUGGCUGCGUGCGAGCCCUGCGGCCUCAGGGGAGCCCUCAUUGACCUGUGUGUGGACAGGGGGGACCAGGGCCCCCUGUGCGCCGUGGAGCAAAUCGCGGUGGAUGCCACCCUCGUGCCGACCUUCCACCUGACCCUUGUGCUGAGGCUCGAGUCCGGCGGGUUGUGGCCGAAGGUUCAGAAGCUCUUCAAGGGGAGCAGGCCCCCGCAGGCGUCUGCGGGGUCCCCGGGGCUCUGGAACACUCAGAGGCUGAGUGUGGGCUUCAGGGCCAUCAAAAGGAAACUGUAUAGUUCAGGGGAGCUGCUGAUCGAAGAGUGCUGCUGACCGAGCACUGAUGAGAUGAACUAAAUUCAUGUGGAACGUGAAGAGAGAGAGAAAAAAAAAAAAGCAACAUAAAAGGUCAAACUGCACCAACUGAUGCUGGUGAAUCCAAGGUUUACGUGGCUGCUACCUGCCUGUUUGGCAGGUGACUCCAACAGAGGAGACACUUUCUUCCCUGUGAAUGUAAAGUCGCUCCCUCCAGGGAAUGGCUCAUGUAUUUGAUAGUCAAAUAUUAUCACCUGAGCCCUGUGUCGUGUCGUUUUGUGUGUUUAACGACAUGAAAAAAAUAAAUUAUUUUCUAUA